UGAAAUCGUCCCGAGCCGAGAAGACGAGGAGAAGACGAAGAAGACGGACUUGAGGGGGGAGAAAAAAAAAGCUGCUCGCCCUGAACUCGAUCGCUGCUCGUGCUACGUGGAUUACGCGUGACAUUAGCGGUGGAUGCGUCACGCCAUAUCGUUUGUGCUCUUGCGCCGAUGCCGUUCGGACCCACGGGACGGUGUUUGCGUGACUUUGGAACAGGCUGACAGGCGCCAGAGCUGCGCGCCGUGCGUUUCCUUCUGGGACGAACGGAGAGCAGGUUGUGGCCGAGCUGCACCGCGUCGAUCCAGCGCGCUCUACGUGGGAUAAAACACAACUUCUACCUAAUCUAACGUCUCCGGUGAAUGUAAAUGCCAAUCCCUGCGCGUUUUUUUGUCGUUUUGUGAACGAGCAAUGCGACGGAGCUGCUGGGAGGCGAGGUCGGAUCGGACAGCGGAGUGAUCUGAGCUUCCAAGGCCGAUGGAUGUUGGCUCUAGUCGGUUGUGGCUCGGCUGUGGCGCGGCGGCUCCUGUUUCCUCUGGCCUCUGAACGCUUACACCACGAGAGGCAUACGUAAAAGCUGUGACAAUGCCUCACAUCGGACUAAUAGUAGACUGCUCCGGCUCGAAUGCCAACAAGUCGCUGUCUUCUCCCAGCGCCAGUGCGUAAAACUGGGCAUAGACCUACCAUCCCGCUCCCCCUGAGGCCUCCUCCUCCUCCUACCUCUGGAAUAUUUUGGAUUUAUACUGUUUUUUUUCUUUUUAAAAUGUCACUUUUAAACAGACACUACCCCUAAACGGCACAGCAAAGAAUUAACUGGACUCUGAAGACGGUAGAAUUUGCGAGGUGUUUAUUUUUCACUUUGUUGACAGCGGAUAUAUUCGGAUGGAAAAUGGGAAACGCUACAAAACUGGCCAUAGCCGUGUUCCUCAUCUCGUGUUCAUCAGGAGCCAUCUUGGGCCGCUCGGAGACGCAGGAGUGUGCGUACUACAACUCGAGCUGGGAGAAGGAGCGCACCAACCGCAGCGGCAUCGAGCCCUGCUACGGCGACAAGGACAAGAGGCUGCACUGCUUCGCCACAUGGAAGAACGUCUCCGGGAACGUGGAGGUGGUUAAGCAGGGCUGCUGGCUCGACGACGUCAACUGCUACGACAGUACGGAGUGUGUGGAGAAGAAGGAGAGCCCUGAUGUGUUCUUCUGCUGCUGUGAGGGGAGCAUGUGCAACGAGAAGUUCCUCUACGCUCCGGACGGGCCUCCACAGAGCCAGACCCACCAGUCCACCGCAUACACUACGUCCAACCCGUUCCCCCCGAAGCCCCCCAUCUUCAGCACCCUGCUCUACUCGCUGGUGCCCAUCGUGGGGCUGGCGGCCGUAGUGCUCUUCUCCUUCUGGAUGUGGAGGCAUCACAAACUGGCCUAUCCCGCCGCCCUGGUGCCCACACAUGACCCGGGACCCUCCCCUCCCUCCCCCACACUGGGACACAAGCCGCUGCAGCUCAUCGAGGUGAAAGCUAGGGGGCGCUUCGGUUGCGUGUGGAAGGCCCAGCUGCUCAACGACUACGUGGCGGUCAAGAUCUUCCCGAUACAGGACAAACUCUCAUGGCAGAACGAGUACGAGAUCUACAGCCUGAGCGGAAUGAAGCACGAGAACCUGCUGCACUUCAUCGGAGUCGAGAAGAGGAACCACAACCUGGACCUGGAGCUGUGGCUGAUCACCGCCUACCACGACAAGGGCUCUCUGACGGACUACCUGAAGGCUAACGUGGUCUCCUGGACAGAGCUGUGUCACAUCGCGCAGACGGCGGCUCGGGGACUGGCCUAUCUGCACGAGGACGUCCCGGGACACCGCGAUGGACACAAACCCUCCAUCGCACACAGGGACAUUAAGAGUAAGAACGUGCUGCUGAAGAACAACCUGACGGCGUGCAUCGCGGACUUCGGCCUGGCGCUCAAGUUCGAGGCGGGGAAGUCUGCCGGAGACACCCACGGACAGGUGGGGACGCGGCGGUACAUGGCUCCGGAGGUCCUGGAGGGGGCGAUAAACUUCCAGAGGGACUCCUUCCUGAGGAUCGACAUGUACGCCUUCGGCCUGGUGCUAUGGGAGCUGGCGUCGCGCUGCACGGCCGCUGACGGCCCAGUGGACGAGUACAUGCUCCCGUUCGAGGAGGAGGUGGGGCAGCACCCGUCUCUGGAGGACAUGCAGGAGGUGGUGGUGCACAAGAAGCUCCGGCCUUGUCUGCGCGACUGCUGGCAGAAACACACGGGCCUGGCCAUGCUGUGUGAGACCGUGGAGGACUGCUGGGACCACGAGGCGGAGGCGCGUCUGUCGGCCGGCUGCGUGGAGGAGCGGAUCGGCCAGAUGCAGAGGCAGGCCCCCCUCAUCGGCCCGGAGGAGAUCACCGUCGUCACCAUGGUUACCAACGUGGACCUGCCCCCGAAGGAGUCCAGCCUAUGAUGGAGCUUUGAAAAAAAAGAAAAAAAAGAAAA